CGGUGCUCUCUGCUCUGAGGCACAUUUAACUGUGAAGUUUGCAGCGGGAGAGGCUUUCCUUCAAGCUGUUAGUGUUUUAUCCUGGCAGGCUCCUCGAGGUUGUUGUGAGGAGUCUAGCCAGUUGGUGAGCUUUGUAAUCUAAACCAGCUGUCCCAGGCUGAGGCCCCCAUUUGCAUUGUUUAACAUACUUAGAAAAUGAAGUGUUCAUUUUUAACAUUCCUCCUCCAAUUGGUUUAAUGCUGAAUUACAGAAGAGAACUAAGCAAAACCAGGUGCUUUCUCUGUAUUCUCUCCAGUGUCUGAGGAGGUACAGACGGCUCCCGAUCUUCUCCAUUACUUGCUAUUUCAUUCUUUGGACUAUAAAUGACUGAGGAACUGAAGUGCUAGCAGAGGGUAAUGUUUGGAAAAACUUUCUAGUUAUUCAUCAGCACAGACUCCGGUUUUUUUCCACCUUUACCCAACGGUUUUGGACAUGCAAGGAUUAAAAAGGUAAGUGGAUACUGACUGCUUUCACACUGGCCGUCUGCCUUUCAAGCCCUGGAAAAGCACAGCAACAAUGCACUAAUGGGUUUGACCUGGACCGUGCCUCUGGGCAAUGCUUAGAUAUUGAUGAAUGUCGGACUAUUCCUGAGGCCUGCAGAGGAGAUAUGGUGUGUGUCAACCAGAAUGGUGGCUAUUUAUGCGUACCCCGAACAAACCCAGUGUAUCGGUCACCAUAUCUGAAUCCUUAUUCAAAUAUUUAUCCACCACCCCCAGCACCAGGCCCCGUUCCUAACUACCCUACUGUUACAAGACCUCUGAUCUGUCGAUUUGGUUAUCAGUUGGAUGAAAACAAUCAGUGUGCUGAUGUGGAUGAAUGCGCGUCAGAUUCUCACCAGUGUAACCCCACCCAGAUCUGCAUAAAUACUGAGGGGGGCUAUACCUGUUCCUGCACUGAAGGCUACUGGCUGUUAGAAGGCCAGUGUUUAGAUAUAGAUGAAUGUCGCUACGGCUACUGCCAGCAGCUGUGUGCCAAUGUGCCCGGUUCCUACUCCUGCACCUGCAACCCAGGCUUUACCCUUAACGACGACGGAAGAUCAUGCCAAGAUGUGAACGAAUGCACAAAUGAAAAUCCUUGCACUCAGACCUGCGUCAAUACCUACGGCUCUUUUCUCUGCCGCUGUGAACCUGGCUACGAACUGGAAGCUGAUGGAGUUAACUGCAGUGACAUGGACGAAUGCAGCUUCUCAGAGUUCCUCUGCCAGCACGAAUGUGUGAAUGCGCCUGGUUCUUACUACUGUAUCUGUCCUUCGGGCUACAACUUGCUUGACGAUAGCAGAAGCUGCCAAGAUAUCAAUGAAUGUGAAAACAGAAAUUUCACCUGCAAUCCACAGCAAACGUGUUUCAAUAUCCCAGGAGAAUAUAAAUGCUUAGACCCAGUAAGAUGUGAGGAGCCUUAUAUCCAGAUUAAUGAGAACCGCUGCAUGUGUCCAGCUGAAAACGCCGGUUGCAGAGAUCAGCCAUUCACCAUCUUGUACAGAGUGAUGGAUAUGGUGUCCGGGCGGUCUGUACCUUCUGACAUCUUUCAGAUGCAAGCAACAACUCGUUACCCUGGAGCCUAUUAUAUCUUCCAAAUCAAAUCAGGGAACGAGGGCAGGGAAUUUUACAUGCGGCAAACGGGACCGAUCAGUGCUACUCUGGUGAUGACCCGCCCCGUGAAGGGGCCCCGUACUAUUCAGUUGGACUUGGAAAUGAUCACUGUUAACACUGUCAUCAACUUCAGAGGAAGCUCUGUCAUCCGGCUGAGGAUAUACGUAUCACAGUACUCCUUCUAAACCUUGAGUUUGUGCCCUGGAAACACUAAAACAAAAGAGACGGUUCCUCCUCUGCAGAACUCUCUCCUCAGAAGCCAGUACGUAUAGCAGCUCUAAACCAAACCAGUAUUUCCACAGACCCGGUGACCUACGCCUACCUGAGGAGGGAGGCCUCUUCAUGCACAGUCCCUACCAGGAUGCAGACAUCUGAAGAUGAAUCGUCAGCAGAUCCCGUAUGAUUCUCUAUGUGGUCAUAUAUUUUAAGGACUCUCCUUUCCAUUGUAAACACUUCUAGGGUAUGAGUCUAUGAAAGACUGUGAACCUUUGUAGCUCCAAGGCUGCUUAGCAAAAACCACCAAAGAAACUGAGGAAAAAGCUGGCUUUUGCAAUCUUGCCUUUCUUUUUUUUUUUCAUUACAAAUGGAAAGCAGACAAACCAGCAGAAACAGAAACAAAAAGCGACCUAUUGAAACAAGGGAUCUCAGAAGUGCUGACUUACAUUCCCAAUUAUCUCUGGAAUUAUCAGGCAGGCACUUUGUCUCAAUUCACCCUGCAUUUGUCCUAGUUUCACCUGUUUUUUCUUUGAUUCUAUUUUAUAGUUAAAAUCAAUUGUAAAUUCAUUCCAAAAUACACGUUGUAUUAUGUAAUCUUCUUUCUAACAAAGUGUCACAUGUUUGGGUUCCUUCCUGUAUUAAAUCUUUCUAUAUAACA